GCAAAGAUAAUGCCUGUACAAUCAAUGACAUCAUCCUCCUGCUUAUAUAUAUAGGGGAAUGGCCAGAGCACCUCUCAUAGUUCACUCACUUUCAAAGCCAGCUGAAGGCAAGAGGAAGUGCUAGAGAGAGCCCCCUUCAGUGUGCUUCUGACUUUUAUGGAAUUGGCUUGUUAGAAGGCUGAAAGAUGAUGGCAGGAAUGAAAAUUCAGCUUGUAUGCAUGCUACUCCUGGCUUUCAGUUCCUGGAGUCUGUGCUCAGAUUCAGAGGAAGAAAUGAAAGCAUUAGAAGCAGAUUUAUUGACCAGUAUGCAUACAUCAAAGAUUAGUAAAGCACAUGUUCCCUCUUGGAAGAUGACUCUGCUAAAUGUUUGCAGUCUUGUAAAUAAUUUGAACAGCCCAGCUGAGGAAACAGGAGAAGUUCAUGAAGAGCAGCUUAUUACAAGAAGGAAACUUCCCACUGCUUUAGAUGGCUUUAGCUUGGAAGCAAUGUUGACAAUAUACCAGCUCCACAAAAUCUGUCACAGCAGGGCUUUUCAACACUGGGAGUUAAUCCAGGAAGACAUUCUUGAUACUGGAAAUGACAAAAAUGAAAAGGAAGAAGUCAUAAAGAGAAAAAUUCCUUAUAUUCUCAAACGGCAGCUGUUUGAGAAUAAACCCAGAAGACCCUACAUACUCAAAAGAGAUUCUUACUACUACUGAGAGAAUAAAUCAUUUAUUUACAUGUGAUUGUGAUUCAUCAUACUUUAAAUAUCAAAUUAUAUUUGUGUGAAAAUGUGACAAAACACACUUAUUUGUCUCUUCUACAAUUGUGGUUUAUUGAAUGUGAUUUUUCUGCACUAAUAUAAAUUAGACUAAGUGUUUUCAAAUAAAUCUAAAUCUUCAGCAUGAUGUGUUGUGUAUAAUUGGAGUAGAUAUUAAUUAAGUCACAUGUACAAUGUUUUGUAAUUUUGCAAAACAUAUCUUGAGUUGUUUAAACAGUCAAAAUGUUUGAUAUUUUAUACCAGCUUAUGAGCUCAAAGUCUUACAGCAAAGCCUAGCCUACAUACCAUUCACCCAAAACAAAGUAAUAGCACCUCUUUUAUUAUUUUGACUGAAUGUUUUAUUGAAUUGAAAGAAACAUACAUUCUUUUCAAGACUUCCUCAUGAAUCUCUCAAUUAUAGGAAAAGUUAUUGUGAUAAAAUAGGAACAGCUGAAAGAUUGAAUAAUGAACUAUUGUUAAUUAUUCCUAUUUUAAUGAAUGACCUUGAACUGAAUUUUUUGUCUGUUAAAUGAACUUGAUAGCUAAUAAAAAGACAACUAGUCAUCAAAAUC